ACGAUUCUCCGCACGCCCUAAGGUCUUGUUGCCCCGAGGCACGCUGGGAAGUGUAGUGCUGCUAGCAGUCUAGCACGUGACGCCUGUGGAGGGCGGCGAGAGAGCACGCCGCCUGGGCUGAUCGAGUCAAAACAGCUUCAACGGCGAGAGGUGGAAAUGCCUCACUUCAGCUUGAAGAGGGCCCGGCGCCAAACAGGUUAAAACAAACGCCGGCCCCGCUUCCCCAGAACGCGCCCUGCCAGCCAUGGGCAGCCACGACCACCUGUUCAAAGUGCUGGUGGUGGGAGACGCCGCCGUGGGCAAGACGUCGCUGGUCCGGCGCUAUUCCCAGGACUGCUUCAGCAAACACUACAAGUCUACGGUGGGAGUGGAUUUCGCUCUGAAGGUUAUCCAGUGGUCUGACUCAGAAAUGGUGCGCCUCCAGCUGUGGGAUAUCGCAGGUCAGGAGCGCUUCACCUCAAUGACACGACUAUACUACCGAGAUGCCUCUGCCUGUGUAAUUAUGUUUGACGUUACCAAUGCCACUACCUUCAGCAACAGCCAGAGAUGGAAACAGGAUUUAGACAGCAAGCUCACACUGCCCAAUGGAGAGCCUGUGCCCUGCCUGCUCUUGGCCAACAAGUGUGAUCUGUCCCCUUGGGCAGUGAGCCGCGACCAGAUUGACCGGUUCAGUAAAGAGAACGGGUUCACAGGCUGGACAGAAACAUCAGUCAAAGAAAACAAAAAUAUCAAUGAAGCAAUGAGAGUCCUUGUUGAAAAGAUGAUGAGCAAUUCCAGAGAAGAUACCAUGUCUUUGUCCACCCAAGGGGACUACAUAAAUCUGCAAGCCAAGUCCUCCUCCAGCUGGAGCUGCUGCUAGUAGCAUUUGGCUUGUUUUCUACCCCAGUUCUAGAAGAUCUUUCCACUUCUCACCCAGCAGUUUCACUAAGAACAUUUGAAUUGUUGGCUGCCUGCUGUCUGGUGAGGAGGUCCGUUGUGACUUAAACGCCUGAGACUCCUGGGCAUUUCUGCAUCUUCUGCCUGUUGGCUGUCAUGAGGCCCAGUUAAUGCCUUCUGUGUAAGAAAGAUCAUCUCAUCCUUCAAUUCAUGAUCUUGAAUUUUGUGGGAAGGGUUAGAAUUCAGCAUUUAUAUUUGUUUGGAUUUUGUUUUAUUUUGUUUUUUUGAGACAGAGUCUCACUAUGCAGUUCAGGUUGGCCUUCAACUCACUUUGUGGUGCAGACUGGCCUCAAACUCUCAAUAAUCUUCUUGCCUUAGCCUCCUGAGUGCUUGGAUUACAGACAUGUACCUCCAUGCCCACCAAGCACCUGUGUUUUCAAAAUCAUAAUUCUCACCUACUUGUAAGCUUACUUUUACAUUUGAUAUAUGAUAAUAUGACUUCAAGAAAAUGAGAUCAGAUGUCUUUUCCCAAAAUUCUCACAAACCAGUGCUUUCUCAUUCCCUUUUAUACUUGGAAUUUAAGCCUCAAUUCUGGGAUGCCGAAAAAGAAGGCUGGACAUCUGUGGGUUUGGGUUACUGCUGGUAACCUAAGGCAUUUGUAGAACUUUUAGUCAUGAUUAACUUUCUCUCACCUUGACUUCAACAAUUGUCAGGUUUUAAACUACCUAUCUUGUGUGAUGAAAGCAUUUCUUUCUGCUGAGAAAUGAAUCCUCGCUUAGAA